GAAGCGAGUCCUACUUUCUGGCGCAGCCUCGCGCCGAGGAGCAAAAGGGUCAGACCAACGCGCAAGGGCGGCGCAGUCGUCUAUUAGCGAAACCUAGACUGCUGGAGCAGCUUGGCUGCGGUCCUUCGGCUCCCCAAAGCGCAGAGGUAGGAUCAGUUUCCUCCUCUUGAUCGGCAAAUCACGCUCAGCCAACAUGGAUCCUGGCUCUAAGAGGACCACGGCGGAGGAAGGGAGCCCGUUGCAGCUCCCGGAAGAAGAGGAAGAAGUGGACCCCAGGAUUCAAGAUGCACGUCAGAAAUUCCGUUCAAUUCUGGUGGAAGCUACGAUAAAACUAGAUGAACUUGUGAAGAAGAUUGGAAAAUCUGUAGAAGAUUCAAAGCCUUACUGGGAAGCCCGAAGGAUUGCUAGGCAGGCUCAGCUAGAAGCUCAGAAAGCAACACAGGAUUUUCAGCGAGCAACAGAGGUGCUACGGGCUGCUAAGGAAACCAUUUCUCUUGCAGAACAGAGGCUGCUGGAAGAUGAUAAACGUCAAUUUGAUUCUGCAUGGCAAGAAAUGCUCAAUCAUGCCACCCAGCGGGUUAUGGAAGCAGAGCAGACAAAAACUAGAAGUGAACUUGUACAUAAAGAAACAGCAGCCAAAUACAAUGCUGCCAUGGUCAGAAUGAAACAGUUGGAGAAGAAACUGAAAAGAGCUAUCAACAAAUCCAAGCCUUAUUUUGAACUCAAAGCAAAAUAUUAUGUACAAUUAGAGCAAUUAAAGAAGAUAGUAGAUGAUCUGCAAGCAAAUUUGGCUUUGGCAAAGGGUGAAUACAAAACAGCCUUAAAGAACUUGGAGAUGAUCUCUGAUGAGAUUCAUGAGAGGCGGCGAGCUUCAUCAAUGGGGCCUAGAGGAUGUGGCGUUGGGGCUGAAGGAAAUAGUACUUCAGCAGAAGACCUUUCAACAUGCAAGUUAGAUUCAGAUAAUGUUUCUAUGGCAUCAGAAGUAUUUGAGGAUGACAACUGCAGCAGCUUUGUGUCUGAAGAAGACUCUGAAACUCAGUCUUUAUCUAGUUUCAGUUCUGGUCCAACAAGCCCUUUUGAUAUACCAGCUCAGUUUCUUCCAAUGACUCGACCUAAAAGCUUGGAUUUGUCUAGCCCUAUAUCACUAUCUGAAUUUGGCGCAUUUCCUCUAUUAGGACCUCGCAGUGAAUGUAGUGGGGCAUCCUCUCCUGAAUGUGAAAUUGAAAGAGGAGACAGGGCAGAAGGAGCUGAGAACAAGAUACUUGACAGAGUGAACAAGAACAAGAAUGUAGGCAGCAGCUCUUCUUCCAGUGGCCCAGUGCUGGACAAUCAGUUGAAGCAGCUUUCCCUACAAUGCCUGAAAGUCAAGGAUGGGGCUUGUGCAGACAAACAAAUAGUACAAGUUGGAUGAAGUAAUAUUCAGGGGCUAAUGAGGAAUUAAUUUAUUUAUACACAAAUGUUUUCUGAUUGUCAGAACCGUGUGCCAACAACUCAUAUGUGCCAAAUUUAUAAGUCUUUUCUGCACAAUAAAAGCUUACAUAAUUGCUGAGGGCUAAAAUAUGUGCAUUGAAAUAUGUAACAGAAAUCUUGGUCAGGACAGAAAUUGUAAAGGACAGAAAUACCAACCCUUAAGAUAUUUUGUAAUAGUUUGGGAGAAGCAAUAACUAAUAUGAGUCCUCUGUGAAGUUUAGGGCAUUCUGGCACUCAGAGCAAAGCCAGGUUGGGAGGAUUAGCUGGUAUCUUGUUAGUUUGAGCUGCUUUUUAAUGUCAUAAAAUUCCAGGAUGCUAGCAGCAUAUCCUUUGAAAUACCUUGUAUUGUGUUUGGGUUACAAAAGGAAGCUGCUGCAUGUAACAGAAUUUAAGAAUCCAGUCUUUCUAUAGAUUCAUGAGUGUUGAUACAUUAUACUCAAAGGUAAUUAAAAUGUUAAUAUUGGUUCACAGGAUCCCUUUAGCUUUUUACAUGGCUGGGGAGAGGAUGGAGAUAGGACAUAGUUUUCAUUUAUAUAUAUUAUGAUUGAACAAAAUGGUCAGUGAAAACAUUAAUGCAGGACAUCACUUUGUUGUGAAGUACCAAUCAUGAUAAUCACCAAGCAUAAACAGGAAGAUUCUCCCACAUCCCAUCAAGUAAAAAAGAAAAAUGUGCAUGAAUGGAAUAGUUGCUAUAGCAUUGAUAUGGGGAACAUUUUUUGGUAUCUCUGUAUUAUUAAGUAUAGCAUUUCAGGAGUAGUUAAAAAGCGUUAGAUGUUAGUAUUCUUUAAGCAAAAAUAUACCGUAAAUAAGCUGGAAAGGAAGCUGAAGCAUGUAAGCAACAGCUAGUAGAGAAUUGGAAUUUAUGCUAGUAAGAAACACUUAAAAGCAUAAAGUUGCUUUAGUAAACUAGUUAACUAGUAGUUAACAUUGCAAAAAUUGGCCUAGGUCAUCUUUAAUGAAUGUAUUUUUUGAGCAUUACUGAUUAGCAAUAACCCUUUCAGUAAUUUUUUAUUUGGCUUAAUUUUGUUUUAUUUUUGUCAGUUAUGUGUGUAUUCUUAAAACAAAUGUAAAGAUUAUUUCACACAAAGUCUCCUCUGCCCUUUUUGUUUUCAUGUGUAAUAUGGUUAUUUUUAAUCUUUACAACUUCAUUCUUCAAAUAUAUAUAAGUCUUCCAUAUAUGUUUUGGUUAUACUUUGGCUGAGGAUCUUUGCAAGGAACAAAUGAAAUGGUAAUAAUAAAAUGAGAACUAGAAACGUUAGUAGUAAGUCUGUGUCUGUGUAUAAGUACUACCUGUAAUAAAAUUCAAAGUUUAGGGAUUACCUUUAUAAAAACUAUGAGAUAUAAAAUUAAACCAUUUUGUUUCAUGAA